AUGAGCAACAAUCCAAAGAACCCGCGGGGUACCCCGGAUCAAGCCACGCAAAGCAAUCGCGACGACAGUGGCGCCCCGGCAGCACCCUCCUCAAACGCCGCACCCGCCACAAACAACGACACGCCCCCUCCUUCUCUCGCAAGCCGCGUCCAGAGGUCUGCAGCCGGGCUCGCGCGCAGCGCAUUCCAAGGAGCCAGCGCCGGAGCCGCGCAGACGAUUGCCGGUGCCACGGAUAGCAAAGCCGGAGCCCCAUCUGCCUCGCGCCCAGCCGCGGGAUCAGCCAGCCGUGAUAUACUCAGCCCAGGAGCACGGAAAGGUAGCGGGAUCGAGAUUCCCGGGAUGACGGAAGACGAGUUUCAGCGCGCAGGCUCAAUACCGGACGUGGGAGCCACGCAGAGUUAUGAGGAACCGGGCGCCAGAAGUCACGGUGCGGAGGGACUACAAGAAGUGCAGGCGGGUAGUUGGAAGGGCAAGCAGCGCGCGUAUGACCCGGUGCAGGUAUACAGUUCUGCGUGGGAGCGGGCGCGUACGGAGACCGAGGGCUCGGGGAUGCAAGUACCUGUGACAGAUGGCGAGGCGGUUGCGAGUCUUCUGGCUGAUCCGUCGUUUGAUCCGAGUUUCGAGGCUGAUGCCGAGGCGGACGGGCUUGAUUUGGAUUUAGCGGCUGCACCGCCUCCGUUGACGCGAGAGGAGAUUGAUAUGCUAGAGUCGUUUCGCCGGGAGCUUCAGAAGGAAGAUGGGUCUCGAAUGCAAGGGUCUGAGCCUGGGCAACAGCUUUCGGCUCAUAGCCUUGUGCCUGAUAUUGAUACGUUCCUGCAACAGAAUGACCCGGUGGGAUAUGCACAAACGAGCUCGGCUGGAGCUACUACCCUUCGUGAUAACGUGUUGGCCAACCUUCCUGGUGCGGAGGACUGGGUGGGUGUCCAUGAGAGAUACCAUGAUGAGGUCUGGGGAGUACCUUCGGCCGGCUUUGGAAGCGGCGAAGGCGGAGUUAGAUGA